AGCCGGGCGUCAGCUGUUCACAUUAGCACAGAUGAGGCAGCGCGUCAGACGCUGAGUCUCGGCAUGAAGUCACACAGACAAACUCCUGGAAGCUCAGUCAUCGUUGUGUUUGCUGGAAUUUGACAACUUGUCAAUGAGUCUGUUGUUUCCUCGGACACAAUUCUUAUUUACUCAGUGAAGAUAUGCUUCAUUCCAGUUUCACACUCACCUUUACUCAGGGGAGAGGACGGAGUUCACACAGACGACAGGAUCACUCGCUCGCUAAAGCUCCUCUAAGUCCAUCUGCUCAUAGGAUCUGGCUCAACAGCUUAUGAGGUCCUCAUAGUAGCACACGCUGUAGUUCGACACUCGUGGUAAAGUGCACAGCAGGAAGCCGCUUGCAACAACUUCUUUGUUCGGGAGUUUCCUCCAUCCCUGGACUCCUCAUGGACGCGGCGGUUUGCAGUCCUCAGUGAAUAAAAAGCAGCCGCACAGCAAGAGCAGUAACAAACCUCCGGGAUGGACGAGACUCCGGCCUUCAUGAGUGAAGAGGCGGGAGCUGCUCUGACUGAGGUGGAGAUGUGCACCUUUGAGAUUAACAUGAAGUAUGAGGUCCUUCCAUGCGCUGUCUGCUCCAUCUGCCUCUCAUUUGGCCUCAUCUACUGCUUUUUUGGAUACCGCUGCUUCAAGGUGAUCAUGUUCUUCUCCGGCUUCACGUCCGGGGCCGCGGCGGUGCUCCUGCUGUACCACAGGGAGCCGGUGCUGGACGCCCGGCUGGGCGCGGAGGCGAAGGCGGGGCUGGGUCUGGGCGUGGCCGUGCUCUGCGGCCUCGCGGCCAUGCUGGCGACCGCCGUGGGCCUCCUGCUCAGCGGCCUGCAGCUGGGGGGGCUGCUGUCGGGCGCCGCGCUGCUGGUGCUCGGCCACUUCCGGGUCCUGGGCCCGGCGUGGGUGCCGGUCGGCGCGGCGCUGGCCGCCGGCGCCGUCGCCGCCGUCCUCGCGCUCCAGUGGCAGAAGCUCUUCGGCGUCGUGUACACGUCGGUGUUCGGGGCCACGGCGGUGACGCUGUGCUCAGAUUACCUGGUGGGGGCGUUCGUUCUCCCCGAUCGCGUGUAUGACGUGCUGUGCGAGGUGGUCCCGCGCCCCCUCUGCUGGUUUAACUGGGCCGUCGCCGGGAUAUUCCCACUGCUGAGCGUGAUGGGGGUGCUGGUGCAGUGGAGACUUACGGCAAAAGGUGCAUCACACAGAGGAACUUCACACAAAAAACUCGGGAAAUAUUCCAAGAAGUACGGACGCGGAGAGUCAGUGAGGAGGCCUCCGCCGUACCGCCGGCGGAGGCCUCCGCCGCUGAAACGCUACGCUGGCGACGUCCUGGCACCGAGUUACCUCCAGAGCCUGCGCGAGCGCCAGAUGGGAACGGGCUCGUCCACCAGCAGCGUCAGCACCAUCACUCACACCUUAAUUGACUUUGACUUUGAGACGGGCUCCAUGGUGCCUCUGACCGCCGCCUCCCCCGUCUUCUCCGUCUGACCGAGCACGCGCGCUCGCCGAUUAAAGACGCCGGGGGAUUCUCCUCUUCACGCCGCCGCCGCCGAUUAUGACGCAUCCUCUGCUGUCUGUCUGUCACUCACCAGCACCGUCGCUGUACACUUUAUGUCGCAGUACGAGCUUUUUUCCUCUCCAGAUAUUCUCACACUCCUUCAGUCCGUCCAAUAAAAACAAGGAUAAAUAACAAAAUGCUGCACAUUAAAGCAGCAUGACGCAAACAUGGCAACUGAUCUCUUUUUCUAAUGCUGUUGUAUUGUAAUGAAUGUGCAAAUAAAUAAAAGUAAAACGA